AUGGGGAUGCAAGAGGACUUAGCAGUGACUAGGACAGUGAACUUAUCGACAGUCGUCAACAGAACCUUCCUGGACUCGGACUUCCGUUACACCCUCUUCCCAGUGUUUUACGGUGUUGUGGUCGUCCUUGGUCUGAUAGCCAACAGUUACGUGCUGUUCGUGCUGCAGCACAUGCACGACUGUUACGCCAUGAGCGAGAUCCGCAUCUACAUGGCCAACCUGACUUGUGCCGACCUCCUCUUCGUGUGCGCCCUCCCCUUCUGGAUUGGCUACUACCACCACCGCGGUGACUGGCGCUACGGCGACUUCCUGUGCCGCGUCACCGGUGUGUUCUUCUUCUUCAUCAACACCUACUGCUCCAUCCUCUUCCUCGCCGCCAUCAGCGUCAACCGUUACUGGGCCAUCACGCGCCCGUUGUAUGCCGCCUCGUCCGACUGUUGGCGCCGCGGGGUGGCCAUCACGGCGGUCAUCUGGGUGCUCACUCUGUCCAUGUCCGUGCCGUACCUCUUGGAGACGGGCAUCCAGGUGGAUGACGGCAACAUGUCGCGCUGCUUUGAGGGCUACCACAACAAGACUGACGACGAGAAGCGGACUGUGGCCACCACCCACCUCAUCAUCGUGGGGUGCUUCGUCUUGGUCUUCUUCCUCCAGGGCCCCUGGACUCUGGCUGUACUGGAGAUCAAGGAGGGCUGGGGCAGAAUGGACUGGGGCCAGCGGACCAGGCAGUGGCUUAACGAUGCCCACCAGGUCACCUUGAUGCUGAUGGGGCUCAACUGCCUCCUGGACCCUGUAGUGUACUGCUUCGCCACCAGGAAGUUCCGCCUUGUCACCAGGAAGUUCCGGGAGGGGGAAAGGAUGCUCGGAAACAGCCAUCACACACAUUUCUAG